ACCUCAAUGUCCAUUUCCUUUUUGAUUUAAGGGCUUCUAUCUCGUCCCCUGUUCUGAUCUCAUUCCCCCAGAGAUGUUUCCUUUUCUACUUUUCCUCUCUGUUUUCUCCUUCCUCUCAAUCCCAGCUUCUUCUCAAGUCACAGAACUCUUCUUUCCUGGGUUUAAACACACAGACACAAACAUAACCCUAGAUGGUAUUGCACAGAUUGAGAAAAAUGGGAUUCUUACGCUAACAAAUGCAACCAAUCGGUUUAUGGGUCAUGCCUUCUACAGUUCCCCAUUCCGGUUCAAGAACUCUUCAAGUGGUGAGGCUUUUUCUUUCUCUGCUUCCUUUGCUUUCGCUAUAGUCCCUGAGUACCCAAAGCUUGGCGGCCAUGGGUUUGCUUUCACUAUCGCUAGUUCUAAAGAUCUCAGAGGAGCUCUUCCCAGUCAGUAUCUCGGCCUUCUCAACGCCGGUAAUAUUGGAAACUUCUCGGACCAUCUGUUCGCUGUCGAGUUCGACACGGUUCAGGAUUUUGAGUUUCAGGACAUCAACGACAACCAUAUCGGCAUCAACAUCAACAGCAUGACUUCCAAUGCCUCUGCUCCUGCAGGAUACUACAGUGACAGUUCCACGAAACAGAAUCUCACCCUCAAGAGUGGCAUAAGGAUCCAAGCUUGGAUCGAUUACGAUUCUGUACAAAAUGUCAUCAAUGUUACGAUUUCCCCCAAUUCAUCAAGACCCAGUCUGCCGAUCUUGUCUUUUCGGGUAGAUCUUUCGCCGAUUUUCCAAGAAUUUAUGUAUGUCGGUUUCUCUGCUUCAACAGGGUUACUGGCUAGCGCGCAUUAUGUUUUGGGUUGGAGCUUUAAAAUCAAUGGAGAAGCUCAAUCUCUGGAUCUCUCCUCUCUUCCUUCCCUUCCGGGACCCAAAAAAAAGCACACAGCUUUGACAAUAGGAGUCUCUGUUUCAUCCGCUCUUCUUGUUUUAUCCGCCAUAUUCAUCGCCACUUACCUGAUUAUAAAGCAAAUCAAGGACAGAGAAGUGAUUGAAGAUUGGGAGCUCGAGAUUGGACCCCAGAGAUACCGAUAUCAUGAGCUCAAGAAAGCAACAAACAAUUUCAACGAGAAGAUGCUACUCGGCCGUGGCGGCUUUGGUCAAGUUUUCAAGGGAACACUAAAGGAUUCAAAGUUAGAGAUUGCCGUCAAGCGAAUCUCUCACGAAUCAAAUCAGGGGUUGCGUGAAUUUGUGUCGGAAAUUGCGAGUAUUGGCCGGCUUCGUCACCGGAACUUGGUUCAGUUGUUGGGAUGGUGCCGGAGAGGAAAGGAUCUUCUUAUUGUCUACGAUUUCAUGGCUAAUGGGAGCUUGGACAAGUUCUUGUUCGACGAACCCAAAAUCGUCCUGAAUUGGGAGCAGAGGUACAAGAUCAUAAAGGGCGUUGCUUCCGGGCUUCUUUAUCUCCACGAAGGGUACGAACAGGUUGUGAUUCACCGAGACGUGAAGGCUAGCAACGUUUUACUCGACAGCGAACUCAACGGAAGAUUAGGGGAUUUCGGGCUCGCAAGAUUGUACGAACACGGGUCGAACCCGGGGACGACACGGGUCGUCGGCACAUUGGGUUACCUAGCGCCGGAGCUUCCCAGGACAGGGAAGGCCGCCACCAGCUCUGACGUUUACGCUUUCGGUGCGCUCUUGCUGGAGGUUGCGUGCGGGCGCAGGCCCAUCGAGCCCAAGGCAACGCCAGAGGAGUCAGUGCUGAUUGACUGGGUGUGGGACCGGUUCCGAGAGGGUGACGUCCUUGAGGCGGUAGACCCGAGCCUGGAUGGUCAAUACGAUGAGGGUCAAGUCCUGAUGGUGUUAAAACUGGGUCUACUCUGCUCAAACGACACGCCAAUGGCACGACCCAGCAUGCGUCAAGUGGUUAGGUAUCUAGACGGGGAGGCUGUAUUGCCGGACAAUUUGAGCGUUGCUGCCGCUUUCGACAGCAGAAAAGGUAUCGGAUUUGAUGAAUUUCUACACUCGUUUGCAUCUUCUUCGUUUGAUGGAAUCAGCUCGACUUCGUUUAAGGACAAUGGGCAUGCCGGUACUAGUUUUGCUUCCGUUUCUACUUCUCCGCUCUCUCUUCUUCGAGAAACAAGAUGAUAUAUUGUAUGGUUAUGGUGUAGUUAGAAUUUUCUUAAAAGGCAAUGAUGUUGCAUUUUCUUCUUUACUUCCGGUUUGGUUCGGAUCAUAUAAUGCAAACAAUUCAAAUAUAUUGUGCUGUUCAUU